AUGUGGGAGUUCCGGUCCAUGUCGUUCUGGCGGGCGGUGUUUGCCGAGUUCUAUGGCACCAUGUUCUUCGUGUUUUUCGGUAUGGGCUCAGCACUUCGCUGGACAACUGGCCCCUACAAUGUUCUGCAUGUGGCCUUCUGCUUUGGUCUGGCGGCGGCCACAUUCAUCCAGUCCAUUGGCCACAUCAGCGGUGGCCACAUCAACCCGGCCGUCACCUUUGCUUACCUGAUCGGCUCCCAGAUGUCACUGUUCCGUGCCUUCUUCUACAUGGGGGCCCAGGUGCUUGGAGCCCUUGCUGGGGCCGCUGUGCUCUACGGGGUCACACCGACCAACAUGAGGGGCAACAUGGCGCUCAACACGCUGCAACCAGGGAUGGGCAUGGGCAUGGCUACCACCAUGGAGAUCUUCCUCACACUGCAGCUCGUUGUUUGUGUCUUCGCCGUGACGGAUGAGAGACGCAAUGGGCGCAUGGGCUCUGCUGCCCUUGCCAUCGGAUUCUCUGUCAUGAUGGGACACUUGCUUGGGAUGUACUACACUGGAGCUGGAAUGAAUCCCGCCAGAUCAUUCGCACCUGCCAUGCUCUUCAGGAACUUCGCCAACCACUGGAUAUACUGGGUGGGGCCCAUGAUUGGAGGAGGAAUGGGGGCACUGCUGUAUGACUUCAUGCUUUUCCCUCGCUUCCGAGGCCUGUCUGAGAGACUGGCCACCCUGAAGGGCAGCCGCCCCCCCGAGAGCGAGAGCCAGCAGGAGACCCAUGGCGAGCCAGCUGAGCUCAAGACGCAGGCCCUGUAA